CGGGCACCCGCCCGGAAGCGAGGAUGCAAGGCUGCCUCUGCAUUCCGCGCAGCACCAGGGCCCCGGCAGCCUUCGAGAAAGCCGAACUAAGGCGGCCGGCACACCCCCGGCCCAAACUUUCUGCCUGGGUGGCCCUGGAAGGCGGAGAGGUUCCCUGGGGCUCACCUCCUCCGGAGGGCGGCGUCCGGGGUGGCUCUAGGCCAGUGGUCAUUUGGGGGCUCCGGGUCGAAGCCUCAUUUUCAUCCCCUGCGCGCAGCCCCCCAGUGCCCGGGCCACCCGGGUCCGGACCCAAACCUGUUCCCGGAUCAAGGGCUGGCGAAGAGACCCCAGGAUCCUGGGUCUCACAUGGGGUUGAAGGUUGGAAAUCUGUCUGUGAGAACCUAACACUCUUCUGUGAUACCAGCUCUUCCCUGCUACAUUCCACGCUGAGGAAGUUCUGAUCGGAUCAUCAGCGGCCCCAGCCACAGGGAAGCAGACGCUACCUCCCACCGCAGGCGGAAGUACCAAGGGAAACCCCGCCAGCCUUCCCCGGAGCUGGCCCGUGGGCCCCUUCGGCGGGAACCUGUCCCAGGAGUGGCCCCUUCUGCAAACAGAGAGCCCAGAACGCCUCGGGGAAAAUUGGCUGAAUAAAAGGGCAAUCAGGACGCCACGGCUCCACCUGAAGCAAUGGCCCAGCCCUACCCCCCUGCCCAGUACCCCCCUCCACCUCAGAACGGCAUCCCAGCUGAGUAUGCCCCGCCUCCGCCACACCCCACACAGGACUACGCUGGCCAGACCCCUGUCCCCCCAGAGCACGGCAUGACCCUCUACACACCAGCACAGACACACCCCGAGCAGCCAGGCACCGAGGCCAGCACACAGCCCAUCGCUGGAACCCAGACAGUGCCGCAGACAGAUGAGGCGGCACAGACGGACAGCCAGCAGCUUCACCCCUCCGACCCCACAGAGAAGCAGCAACCCAAACGGCUACAUGUCUCCAACAUCCCCUUCCGGUUCAGGGACCCUGACCUGCGGCAAAUGUUCGGGCAAUUCGGGAAAAUUUUAGACGUGGAGAUCAUUUUUAACGAGCGGGGCUCCAAGGGUUUUGGGUUUGUAACUUUUGAAACUAGCUCAGAUGCUGACCGAGCCCGGGAGAAGCUGAAUGGGACCAUCGUAGAGGGACGGAAAAUUGAGGUCAAUAAUGCCACAGCCCGGGUUAUGACCAACAAGAAGCCGGGGAACCCAUACGCCAAUGGCUGGAAGCUAAAUCCUGUGGUAGGGGCCGUCUAUGGGCCUGAAUUCUAUGCAGUGACCGGUUUCCCCUACCCCACCACGGGCACAGCCGUUGCCUACCGGGGUGCACACCUGCGGGGCCGGGGCCGGGCCGUGUAUAAUACGUUCCGAGCUGCACCACCUCCGCCCCCGAUCCCGACUUAUGGAGCGGCACUGGAGCAAACGCUUGUUAAAAUGCCAGUCCCGUGGGCGGGGCUGGCACCGUGCCCCCCCGCUCCUCAGCAGACACCGGAGCCGGCCUACCCCACCUCUCCAGCGUUCCCACCACUCUCUUGUCCGUUUGCUUCCAGGGUCGUGUAUCAGGAUGGAUUUUAUGGUGCUGAGAUUUAUGGAGGCUAUGCAGCCUACAGAUACGCUCAGCCCGCAGCAGCAGCAGCAGCAGCCUACAGCGACAGUUAUGGCAGAGUCUAUGCAGCCGCUGAUCCCUACCAUCACACCAUCGGCCCCACAGCAACCUACAGCAUCGGAACCAUGGCUAGCCUCUGCCGAGGAGGGUACAGCCGCUUCACCCCCUACUAGCAAGAGACCCCCCCUCACAGCAUUCACACCACUGCCUAUUCCAAACCAAACCCUACAGCCCCAACACCAAGCACAGCCACCAGGAGGACAGUGCGCCCCUCCCAGUCAGCGACACGCGCCGCUGACCCUCUGCGACUCUAAAGUCCAUAGAUUUUUACCUCCAGCCAGCUGGUCUCCCCACCCCACCCAUGCUGGUGUGUGUGUCUCUGACCCUGGUUUUCCUGUAUGUCUGAACCUUGGUUUCCUAUCUUGACGUUAUUGAUGUUGUACCACCCAAGCCACUUCAGGUACAGUAUGCAUACAGUGGGGGCCAGGCCGGGGGGACCUGCCAGGGCCAUGCCCACGUCUCGGGGCAGCACGGGCCCUCACAGCUCCAGAGUGCCAGGCCGAGCCUCCCCCAGAGCCACCUCAGCCAGCCCCCUGAAGGCCCAGCUGCCCCCAGUGUUCGGUGACUGAUGAACACCAGGGGUUCCAGACCUAGUCAGGGGGUUUUCCCAGUCUGGGGGUGGGGGACUCCAGUCUGCCUUUACCAGGAAUGGCAGGAGAAGCCACCUCCCCACUCUGGGCCCCCACUCAGCUGAGGCUAGUAUUUCUAUUUAAUGUUUACUGAUAAUGUGUCCUGUCCGGGCAGUCACGGGCACACUACUCAGUGUGCAAACUGCUGUGGUCACACAGGGCUCUGGGAUUCCUUAGAGCUGCUGUGAGAAAUGAAAUGGCCAUGCCCUGACUGGGCCUGGAAGCCCUCCCUGAGCCUGACCACCACCUCAGAUACCUGAAGCAGAUGGUUCUGGGUGUUUGUCCUUGACCUACUGAGCCACCACUCCCAUCCACAGGCCCCAAUAUGCCUUUUAAUCAAAGUCCGUUCCAGAAAAAGGGAGGAUCCUGGCAGUCAGGCAGAGUACACAGUAUUGCCUUCCUUUCUGGGGCCUCUCUGCAGUCAUGCAGGCCUCAGUCAGACAAUGUGUGGCUCUGUGACCUGUGGGGACCCACCUCACUCCACACUGCCUAGAGCCCCAGAAAGGAUGCAGGGUGGGACCUGAGGUCAGCCCAAAAGCCCUGGAGAGCUAGUGGGAUCUGGUCCCAGGACACACAUCUGUAGCACUCUGGGGAUGCUAGGCCUGCAAGGCUACCAGAGCUGUAGGUCCCUCACUCCCUCUCCUCCCGUCUUUGCAACUGUUCUCCACCAUGUCCUUCCCUGGACUUAGUCCUAUCAACCAGCAGGCCUGACUCAGCUCUCCCCACCUCAGCCUGGAGACUCCCUGCAGGCCAGCUGACCCAGGUCCCUGCUCCCAUGGCCAGGUUCCGGUCACCGACCCACAGGCCUACCCAUCCCUAUAGGACAGGUCUACUUUAGCUUGCAGUGGGGUCCCUGAAGCUGUAGGAGCAGGUUUAGGGGUGCUAGGGCUUACAAGCUAGACCGGGGACCACAGGCACCGUGGUGUCCGUCCGUGUGCCCCCCGCCCCAUGCUCCUGAGAAACUGCAAACCCGCCUUUCUGUUUCUG